AAUUCUGUUUAUUUUUCGUGGAUUUUCCGUGAAAUUUGACGUUUGAGUUACCAUUUGUUUCCGCUUUAUCAUCUUUCUUUUUGAUCGUACUUACGAGAGAAAUCUCGCGCCACCAGACCGGGCGGCGCGGCCAGGCGCAGUCAGACGCGGCUAGACACGCGGUGACGGAUCUGGUGAAUCCCAUCCGGGUGGAUCGCGACACAUUUCGUCGAAACAUCCUGUGUCCUGUGCAAUGUGUGUUUGUGUACGUCUGAAUAUUUUAUGACGUGGAUACCGCUUGAUCUUGUCUCCUUGUCACAAGUAGUGGUGCAUCUAAGCCUAUUUGUCCUGAUUCCCGAUGCAACGACAUACCGUGAAGGGCGACAAUAAUGACAGCUGUUGCAAUUCGUCCCUUUGUUCAGAACUCGCAUCAAAUGCAAAACCUAUUGAAAAUUCGGCGACAGACACAAAAGAAUCUACGAUGGAAUGUGAAAACAACGUGGAUGACUCGCAGAAUACGGCCAUGACUACCUUGCCAGAACCAUCCACAGAGAACAUAGACUUCACAGUGAUUUAUAACAAACAGAAGAUUAGUGUAAAUUUUGCUUUAGAUGGCACAGUUGCCGAAUUAAAAACACAUUUGCAAAAGAUUAUCUCAGUACCACAAGCGAUGCAGAAAGUUAUGUUUAAAGGAUUAGCCAAAGAUGAUCAGACUCUUAGAAACUUGGGAGUCACGAAAGGUGCCAAAGUCAUGAUAGUUGGAUCAAAGUUAGAUGAUGUAUUGGCUGUGUCAAUUCCAACGAAACAAGAUCUCAUUGACGAGGCUGUUUCUUCAGUGAGCAAAGAACCUCUUUCACAACAAAAAAUCCAUAGGAAAGUUUUAGAUAAAGGUAUUCCAGAAGAUGUGAUGCCAGGAAUACUAGAUAGCAAGGAACCUUUGCCUGAGUUUCCACUAGCUGGAAUGUUGAAUAAGUCUGGAGGAAAAGUCAGGCUAACGUUUAAAUUGGAACAAGAUCAACUUUGGAUCGGCACAAAAGAAAGAACAGACAAAAUACCUAUGAAUUCAAUAAAAGGUGUUCAUAGUGAACCUAUUCACGAUCAUCCUGAAUAUCACAUUAUGGCAAUACAAUUAGGCACUACAGAAGCAUCGAGAUAUUGGAUAUAUUGGGUCCCAGCCCAAUAUAUAUCUGCUAUUAAGGAUGCUAUUCUUGGCAAAUGGUGUUACUUCUGAUUGAUAAUCGCUGGAAAUUUCGAUUUCUGUAAAGUUUAAUCGGAUAUAAACAUUGAGAUACAAAUACUGCUGUUACAUUGACAUAAAAACUGUCAGCUAGUCACACACACACACACACACACACACACACACACACACAUUUCUAACGGUAAGUAAUAAUUUAUUUGAAUUGCAUUAUCCAUCGUGGAAAAUACCCAAUAAACAUAGUCUAUCCCAUUGUAAAAUCAAUUUAGGUGACUAGUCUUGAUUUAUUGGGAAAAAGAUAGAUGUAAUCACUAUGCCAAAUGUUUUAUAUUUUCAUAGUUCAGAUUUAAGCGUAUAUUAUCAAUUUUUUACAUUGCUGAAAGUAAGGUGGACAUUCUUAUACAUGAGAACUGUGAUUAGUGGAACUUCCAUAAUUAUUAACAAUGUGUUGUGAUAAUAUUAUGUAUGUUUUUGAUCAUAUGAUUUAAAAUUUUUUGUUAUCAAAAUGUAUCUACAAAUUUAUUAAAAUCUUUCUAAAAUUUUAUUCAGAAUUUAUACAAAAUAUUAGUUCAACUCUAUUUGUUUAUCAAUCUUUCACAGUAAAACAGUUAUUUUGAUGUGAAUAUCAUAGCCUAGAUUUUUAAUUUGAUUUAAUGUAUUUGCAUAUAUUACUUGUUUGAAACAAAGCAACAGUUUUUAUGAUACUCAAUUAUAUGUAAGUCAAUUAACCCUUUUGCUGCUAAUGAGCAAGUAUUUAAGCUAAGAACGUAUAUUACUAUUUCUUCCAGUUUUCGACAUUUCUAGUAAAAAAAUUGCCACAAAAAUUAAUAAUUAAAUAGUCAUAGGAAAGUUAAAAAUUAUUUUAAAUGAUGAUUUAAAUAUUUAUAAUUUUUUAUCACUUAUAGAAACAUUCUUGUAAUCUGGGGUGCAGACGUUUUUUUUCGCAUGAGUACUUUUUAAUAGCGAAAGGGUUUAAGUCAUAACAUUGUAUUUACAAGAAAAUUUUUAAAGUGAUCAAAAACAAAGCAAAUUAUGAUUUGUCAUUCAUUUACAUUUUAGUUUCUCAAAUAAUUUAAUGUAAUCAUACAUUAUGUAUACAUUUAUAUAUAAUUCAAAAACUGUAUGAAAGAGAUUCUUAUACAUGUUACGUUUUAACAAUGUUUUUUCUUGUAGCAACAAGAAAAAAAUAUAUACUCAUAUUUUUGUGUAAUACAUACUACAGCACAUUAUAUGACUAUUGAACAAAGAUACAAUCCUUGUAAACAAAAGAUAGGAUAAUUUUUAUAUUUUUUAGUAUCAUUACACAUUAACUCAACAGCAGAAUAACAACGAAUUUCAGAGUAAAUAAAAUAAAGAAAUCCGUUCAACAUUUUGUAAUUGGCCUAGUAGUAAAAUAACAUGUAAAAAAGGGUUAAAACGAGUCCAUUGCUGUAUCAAGAUGUGUAAGAAUUACACAUAAAAGAUUCAUCUGUAUUCUUUAGCGUCGUAACUGCUAAAUUAAUAAAAAUUAGAUUUUAUACCGUUUGAAUCGUAAAUGCAAGAAUAAGAAAUCAAAAUUUGUAAUAAUUCGUACGACAAUUAAUAUGACAAUGAGUAACUGUCGAGACAUUAUAUCUCGCACAAGUUGAUGGUUUAAACUUGUGGUUGGGACUUGUACAUUAGUUGUGUAAUUAAAAUAAAUACUUCUGAGACUUU